AUGUUCAUGCCACCCCUUUCGCCCGGCCUCUCGCCCGGCCGGCCAAGCACGUCGAGCAUGUCUUCGAAGCACGACUCGUUCACUGUCGUCCGGACGGCAGACGACGAAGAGGACCCGGAAGACGCCUGCAGGCCAGAGUACGCCUUCCUGUCCGUCGACCCAUGCAGCUUCAUGUCGCGCCCGCCGGUGCCGCAUAACAAGAGCAGCGCCAGUGUGAGCUCGCUGUCGUCAUGCAACAGCGCGCCACCGACCGCCUCCGCCUCUGCGCUGCAGCAGGCGCAGGCCCAGAGCGUCCGCUCCUACUCCCCCAACUCUCAGCACCAGUCCCUCCCCUCCCCCUCGGCGCCGACGCACCCUCUCCCUCCUCCUCCCUCAGCGUCGGUGGGCCCGCACCCCUACGGCGCCCAGUCUACCGCCUCCUACAGCAACUAUUCGGCUUACGGCCACGGCCUCCCUGGCCACCCUGUCUCACCGACAUCCUCCGCCUCGGCCAGCUCGCCGACAUCGCCGACGUCCGGGCCCCCAAUCAUUGUCUACUCGGCGUUCAAGCACGCCGACCAGCGUGCGCGCACUGUCCCUCCGCGCCGGCCGUUGCCGAGUGCGCCCAUCCCCGCGUCGCCCGAGACGCCGCGACAUGGCCUCCCGAGCCUGCCGCCACUACCGCCGACUCCCUCGACGCCAGAAUACACCCACGGCCAGCAAGUGACGAUGACGCACACGCCUGGCACGCGGUACUCUGGCCCUCACACGCCGCACACGCCUCACUCCCCGCACUCUUUGGCGCCGGGCGGCGUACGCGCCUCGCUUGCCGACUCACUCUCGUCCAAGGGCACGUGCGAGAGCGGGACGACGCUGAUCGACUCGUCCCCGACGCUCCCGACAGUCCCGAGCAUGACUAACGUGACGCGCGCGGGCAGUGUAUGCGGGAAGAGCGUGAGCGCGAAGAGCGAGCGCGGGUUCGAGACGCGGCCCAGCACGCCGACGACCGCUAGCAGCGGCGCGAGCAUCGCGACCGGCAUCACUACCGGUGUUGGCGGUCUGCCUCGCGAGGCGCAGCCGUUCAAGGCCGACCGGCCGUGGCUGAAGCGCGUGUUCCACAAGGCGUCGGCGGCCGAUGUCGCCAGCCUGGUGCUGCAGGGAUGGCCCGAGAGCGAUGCCCGGACAGCCCUCAGUCUUUGCCAGACAACGGACAAGGCGAUCGAGUACCUCACCCUCCAGCGCACGAAGCACUACAGCAUCGCGACGCUGAUCCAGGACGGAUACAGCCCCAAGGCUGUCCGCGAGGCCGUGGACAAGUAUCCCAACGCAGACGUCGCAAACGCAUACCUCAUGCACCAGAAGCAUUGCGACCUCGCCCGCUUCAAGCCCGUCAAGGACUGCAUGUGGUGCGACGCCAUCGUGCAGUGCAGGCGCAACCUCGGCAUGACCGAUAGUAGAGUUAUCGGAGCGGGGAUGGGCACGCCGAUCGGCUAUGGCUUCAGCUACUGA